AUGGGAAAGCUGAGGUCUAUGCUACUGGGAGCAGAAAAGAAGAGGAAACAAGAAGGAAGGGAUGAUGUAGUAGAAGAUCAAGAGCUUCAAUCUGCCACUGUGUCCUUGAGAUCCCAUUUGCCUGAGAUCCAUGACUCUGGUUGUAAUUUGGAGAAUUGCAAAGAUUUGAUUUGUCAAUGUAUUGAGAUGAUUAAUGACAUGAGAAUCAAAGAUCAAUCUUUGGUUAGUACAACAAUUAGGUCUCAAGAUGACAGUAGCUUGGACUGUGAUGGCGAAAUCGAUAGUCUUGGUACUGUAUCUCCUCUCUUUGAAUUUCAAAAGGCUGAGCGGGCUGCACAAAGGUGCAGUCAAGUUGUUGCAUCUCGCAAGACUAGUCAUUCUGGAUAUGGUUAUCGGCAACAAUCUACAAAAGUUGUAGUUGAGGUUCCUGAUCAAAAAUUGGUUGCUUAUGAUGUGCCUGUUGACACAAAACAGAUAGACUCAGGCCAACCAAAAGACAGUGGAGUUCAGAAGUUUGUGAGUUGGGAGGCUGAGCCACACCCAAUUGCUGAAUCAUUUGUUAAGCCAAUGCUCAUGAUUGAAAAAUCCAUCGGACAAUCAGCAAGUAAGACUAAUUUUUAUGCGCCAUACCCUAUCAUCUUACACCUUGCACUGUAG